AUGGUGUGGACGCCUAACUCCCGGAAACGCCACUUGCCCAACAACGUGUACAACGACUCCUGCGGAAAGAUGUCGAUGACAAGUUUGUCAACGAAGUCGCGACGACCUGAAGAUAUCGUUAUCGAAGGAUGGCUCCAUAAGAAGGGAGAGCAUAUCCGUAACUGGAGACCCAGGUACUUCAUGCUCUUCCACGAUGGAGCUCUUCUCGGAUUCCGCACGAAGCCCAAGGAGGGGCAACCCUAUCCCGAACCUCUCAAUGACUUCAUGAUCAAAGACGCUGCGACGAUGACUUUCGAGAAGCCACGUCCCAACAUGUUUAUGGUACGAUGCCUACAAUGGACUACGGUCAUCGAGCGAACAUUCUAUGCGGAGAAUGCGGAAGCUCGUGCAAGAUGGAUUGAAGCGAUUGAAGCGAUUUCGAGGAAGUACAAGAAUCAAACCGUUCCCCAUACUCACGAAGAAUUAAUGGAUACGAAUCCCCCACCGAGAAUUGACGACGAAGGAGAGUUCGCUGGAGCUGCGCAUGCUAUCAUGGGACAACCAUCGUCUAAGCCAGGGGAUCUUGCAUCAGGAAUCGAUUUCAAGGCUUCUAUGAUCAGUAUUGCGGAUACCAGUGAAGCAGCCAAGAGAGACAGAAUUACAAUGGACGACUUCGACUUCCUCAAAGUGCUCGGAAAGGGAACAUUCGGAAAAGUCAUUUUGUGCAAGGAGAAACGAUCUCAUCAACUUUUCGCCAUCAAAAUCCUCAAGAAGGAAGUGAUUAUUGCCCGCGAAGAAGUUGCUCACACCUUGACUGAGAACCGUGUUCUCCAGCGAUGCAAACAUCCAUUCCUCACGGAGCUGAGAUGGAGUUUUCAAGCGCAAUGGCAUCUCUGCUUCGUCAUGGAGUUCGCCAACGGUGGAGAGUUGUUUACACAUCUUCGUAAAUGCGGAACGUUCACUGAGGCGAGAGCGCGUUUCUAUGGAGCAGAGAUUGUACUCGCCCUCGGAUAUCUUCACAGAUGCAACAUCGUUUAUCGCGAUAUGAAGGAGCUGAAGUACUCGUUCCAAACAAACGAUCGUCUUUGCUUCGUGAUGGAAUUCGCCAUUGGAGGUGACCUCUACUAUCACUUGAAUCGUGAAGUGCAGAUGAACAAAGAGGGUUUCUCGGAGCCACGUGCUCGUUUCUACGGUGCCGAGAUCGUGCUUGCUCUCGGUUAUCUUCAUGCUAAUAACAUUGUGUACCGCGAUUUGAAGCUUGAAAAUUUGCUUCUCGACAAGGAAGGUCACAUCAAAAUCGCCGAUUUUGGAUUGUGUAAGGAAGAAAUUAGCUUCGGAGACAAGACGAGCACUUUCUGUGGAACUCCGGAAUAUCUUGCUCCAGAGGUUCUUGAAGACAAUGACUACGGUCGUUGUGUUGACUGGUGGGGAGUCGGUGUUGUGAUGUAUGAAAUGAUGUGCGGACGACUUCCGUUCUACUCGAAAGAUCACAACAAACUCUUCGAACUCAUUAUGGCCGGUGACUUGAAGUUCCCAAAUAAGCUGAGUCAUGAAGCCAAGUCUCUCCUCCAAGGACUCCUAGUCAAAGAUCCAGCAUUGAGAACCGGAGGAGGACCAGAAGAUGCUCUUGAGAUCUGUAGAGCAGAGUUCUUCCGAUCAGUCGACUGGGAAGCAAUGUAUAGAAAAGAGAUCGAGCCACCAUACAAGCCAAAUGUUGUGUCUGAAACCGAUACAAGCUAUUUCGAUAAUGAGUUUACCUCUCAACCAGUGCAACUGACGCCUCCACACCGAAGUGGAACACUUCCAACUGUUGAUGAGCAAGAUGAGAUGCAAUCUAACUUCACGCAAUUCUCAUUCCACAAUAUCAUGGGAAGUAUCAACCGAAUACACGAGGCUAGUGAAGAAGCCGAAGAUUAUGAAAUGACAUAA